UCAGUUUCUUGCACAAUCGCAGCGAGAUUUCCAUGGCCAUGCUGAUUGUGUUGAUGCUGUUGCCGGGAGCCCUUGUGGCUGCCCUCCGCGACCAGCACGCACUGGCACACCAGCAAAGCCCUUUUUGGUGCAGAAAAUGUUGCACAGCGAAAUGCGAUAGCCAAACUGAAGAAGUCAAAGGAGACUUGGGACAAGUCAAAUUCCAAGAUUGCCAGGUGACAAAAAAUAAACCUCUUGAGGUUCUAGGUGAGACCAUGUGUGAAGAGACUUGCCAGACUCCGUACUUCGGCAAGAGCAAGCCAAUCAAAGUCUUGCGGACAAGCGCGCAUGGCCCACAGCAGUGUUUUCUGCGGUUUUUCCCCUGGUACCAAGGCAUUUGUGAAGAUGAUUGUUGUGCUGCCAAGUGCAGUGGCCAAAGCUAUAGCUUGAAAUCAGAAUGGAAAGGGCAAUGGCAAUUCCAAAACUGCACCGUCAGGAAGGAGCCUGAGGAAGUUCAGGGCUAUGGUACUUUUUGUGUGGAAGAUUGCACUGUUCUCCAUUCAAAAGAGCCCCAAAAGGCCAAGGUGAUACGUAGAAGUGGCCCUGCUGCUCCACAAUGUGAACUGUAUCACCGUGACCUUCCAUUGCAAGAAUUGGCCACAGACUUUGUGGAACAACUCGAGAAAACAGCCCUGACAUUGACGCAUGAAAACUAUGAGGACCUGGAGCUCAUGAGGCCAGACAAAGUGAAGAGUUUCCUGAAAAAAGUGAAGAAUGAGGUUCUGCAGCCAGAGCUCAACCAGCAGAACUACAGUCAAGAGAUCAAUGCGACCCAAAAUGCCGUGAUCAUCGGAGACCUUCACGGGCAGCUCUUCAAUCUCAUCUCAUUUUUGAUCUUGAUCAAAGAAAAAUACCAGGACAAGGGCUUCACUACCCUGGACGGAUCGGCCUUGCUUUUCUGUGAUCCAGGCAUUCAGUAUGUGUUCCUGGGCGACUACGUGGAUCGUGGGGAACGAGGAGUCGAAUUGCUCCUGCUUUUGCUGGCCUACAAGGCACGAUGUCCUCAGGGAAUGGUUCUCCUACAAGGCAACCACGAAACCAAUAAAAUGUGGAAGAAAUAUGGUUUUGCCAAGGAGCUGAAGUACAAGUUCCAUGAUGGACUUAGCACUGGACGCUUCGAAGAGGUGGUUGAACUCUUGCCCUAUGUGGCCGUGUCACGAGGCCGGUUUAUGGCGCUGCACGGCGGCCUCAGUCCUGAGUUAGAGAGUGCAUGCACAGGAAAAGAUGGUCGCUUCAGUGAAUGUUUGGCCAAAGACAUCGGUCAAACCACGGUUUGGCCUGAUCCUCACACUGGCGAGGGAUACAUUAAGUCCCAACGGGGCCGGAAAAUCCAGAAGUUCGGCAUGGAUUUGGCAGAGGCCUUCUUGAAAUCCAACAACCUGAAGGUCAUGUUCCGCGGACAUGAGCAAGUGAAGGCCGGCUACGAGAUGAAAACGAAGGGUAAGUAUGUCGUGACGACCGUUUUCUCAGCUGCAGACUACGUGGGCAUGUUUUGCAUCGAUGGGCAGCAGCCUCCCUGGGAUAAGAAGAUGUUCUCUACUCCCGGCCAAGGCAAUUACGGUGCUAUGGUGUUGGUGGACCGCGAGACUGGCGAAGCGGAAUUGGAGAAACUUUCACCCCGUCGCAGCCGGGCGCUUGCUUCAAAAUUCACUGGGGCUUCGUGCGAGUGGGACUUCGGUUUGCUGCAGGAAUCGCAGCCUGAAAGCCCGGCAUCCAAGGGGACUCUUGAAAGCUUCAUUGAGGAGAAUCACAAGCACAUCAAGCACUUGACACGUGGCAGCUCUGAUUCCUGUAGCUUGGAGAAGGUAGAGACAGAGUCCUUGAAAGAAGAGGCACGCCAGAUCCUGCGCAAUUCCGAGGACCGAGAGUUCGAAGCUCGGAAAUUGAUCGAUUUGCAGGGAGAGGCGCUGAUUCAUGGUGAGAACCUUGAGAUUUGCAAGGCAAUCCAGAAAGACAAGAUCACCUUGGAAGUGUACAAUGAACUUGAUGGCACGGACGAGAAGAUCUUGGAGACUGACAUAGAGACCAGGGAAGAUGACAUGGAAGCCGAUGGCGUGCAGUGAGCGGGCUGAGCGGGCUGUUCCGUGGCUGUUCCGUGGCUGACCUGUGAUCAACUGCCCGAAACAAUGCGUGCAUCGAUAGUGCGAUGGUGACGCCAUGUGACGCCGAUGCCAAGAACCAUUGGAAGUAACGUUUAAUAAGUUAGACGUUUGGGGUGAUAACUUCGAUCAUGGCCGCUACCACGACAUUUCUCUGCGGAAACAAAAAGAUUCGGGCUAAGGGCUGGCUUUCGUCCCCCCUUCUCAGGUGUAUAUGUUGC